ACAAAAAAAACAAACGUAUAUUAUCGACGGAGGCGCUGGCGCUGCUGCGCGGGUGAAUUGUCCGACGAGCAAAGCCACUCUCUCUGCGAUCACUCGUUUUGGCGCGAGAGAGGGAAAGACGCAGUGGCGGACUAUAGUGUUGAUGGGGUUCCAAAUCAUUGUCCCAGUAAGUUCCGUUCUAUCUAUCUUAAAUUUCAGGUAACUCCAAAUCAACGAUUUCUCCAGAACUCUGAGAUUUUUCUACAAAAUUAGUGACUCGCCAUUAGUAAGUUGAAGAAAUGUGCAAUUAUGGUGGUUUGUAUUUGAGAAACAGUGAUCCCAAGUCCAACCAAGGCAGAUUCCAUCGCGAUUUUUCUGUAUAUAAUUUUAAUAGAUAUGCUUGAUUUUUGAUCGAUCAGAUUUAAUUUUCAUUCGUAAGGUUAUGCUAUUGGAUAAACCCUAUUCAGGGAUUUGGUGUAAAUAGGAUUUAUCUGGUGUUCCUUCAAUGAUCUCAUUGGAUCUAACAAUUCAGUCAUCCGGGCAUUAUGUUUUAGCUACUAUUAAGGUCGUUGAUGUUUUUCUUCCGAAAGGAAAUUUUGACAGAAAAUAUUCAAGCAUGCUUUCAUCUUGAUGUUAACCAUGGAUCUCAAGUCGCCAUCCAAACUUAAGCCGUCACCAUCGAGAUUCACUAAGCAUAAAUGGAUAGUAAAUAUAACUGUUAUUGUCGUAGUAACAUUUGUGAUUUCACGUGGUGCAAUUUUAGCAUUUAAAUCUCGAGGAGUUUCUAAUGCCCCAAAAAAGCCUUAUUAUACUGUGGUUGUGGACUGUGGAAGCACAGGGACAAGGGUAAAUGUUUAUGAAUGGACAUUGGGGGUUAAGAGUGGUAGCGACUUGCCUGUUUUAUUGGGUUCUUAUCCUAACAAUUCAACGAAAAGUCCGCUCCGAAAGAAAUCUUGUAGUUACCACUGUAUGCAAACCCAGCCGGGAUUAGAUAAAUUUGUCGGCAAUAUUUCAGGUGCAAGGGCUUCUUUGAAACCAUUGAUUGAGUGGGCAGAACAUGAGAUACCGGUUGAAAUACAUGCAGUUACUCCUAUUUUUGUUUUAUCUACUGCUGGACUGAGGAGGUUGACAAAUGACGAUGCCAAGCAGGUUUUGGAAGAUAUUGAGGCUGUUAUAAAGGAACAUUAUUUCAUGUAUAGAAAAAGUUGGAUAAGAGUGCUGAGUGGUUUAGAAGAAGCUUAUUAUGGUUGGCUUGCUUUAAAUUACAAAAUGGGGAGCUUUAGAAACAGUUCAAGGUCGUCAGGCACGUUGGGAAUUCUUGAUUUGGGAGGUUCCUCAUUGCAGGUUGUGAUGGAAUCAGACCAUAAGAGAGACGAAAAGGAAGAAAUGCAUUUCAUGAGAUCAAAAGUUGGGUCCAUAGAGCAUCAGGUUUUGGCUUUCUCAUGGACAGCUUUUGGUUUGAAUGAGGCAUUUGAUAGGACCCUUAUUUUGCUCAAUCAAACACAGCAACUUGGAAAUAGUAACAUGACUACUAGGGAGCUCAGACAUCCUUGUCUUAGUUCAAGUUUUAAGCAAAACUAUACAUGCUACAAUUGUUCAAGUCAUAACAACACGGGACAGGAAAGUCUGAACAAUCAAAUCCGCAAAACUGGAUUUCCUUUUUACCUGGUCGGGAAUCCAAAUUGGGAGCAGUGUAAACGACUUGCUAGGGCAGUUGCAAUCAAUUCCAGCUCUUUAGCUUGGCCAGAGCAAAUAGAUGCUAAUUGUCUAGCUAGCCCGUUAUCUUCAAAUGGCAGUAACAAUACAGUUGUGGCCAUUCCCACCACACGUUUUCAUGCUUUAUCUGGAUUCUUUGCAGUCUAUCAAUCAUUAGAUCUGUCAACAAGAGCCAAUUGGACAAACAUAUGGAAAAGAGGUCUGGAGUUAUGCUCCACUUCUCAAGCAGAUAUGAUGAGAAGUAUUUCAGGAAACCAAAGUAGUUUGUGGCAAUAUUGUUUCCAGUUACCUUAUGUGGCAUCACUCAUCCAGGAUGCUCUCUGUCUUGGCGAUAAAGAAGUAAUUUUUGGUCCUCCAGAUGUCUCCUGGACUCUAGGAGCCGCUUUGACAGAGGGAGAAUACUUAUGGUCAAGUAUAACAACUAAAGCUGAGGAUCACAAGUUAACUUUGGGAACAAUUGAGCCUGUAUAUGUAUUUUUGUUACUUCUGUGUCUUCUAUUGAUUGUUUAUUACAAUCAAAUCAAACUACCUGUGUUAGGCAGGAAGGCAGCUGCGGCCGGGGCAUCUUUGCCAUCUUAUGCCCUUACAAAACAUAGGCCGAACUGAUUCAGAGGUGGUCUAGUUAGU